GAGGGAGGGAAGGCGCUUUUUUCGCCCGAUUUGGGUGGGGCGACAGGCGCGAGCGGGACAGCCCAGACGCGAGGUCCGGGGCGGGGGCGGAAGCGGGAUCUGCGCUGCUCUUCGACGGCGACGCGGCGGACGCAGGGCUGAACAGAUCGAAUGACAAGAGUCAAGCUCAGAGGAUAGAAGUACCUGAACUGCUGUAGUCUAGAAGCCCGUGAUCACUUCAGACAAGACCUCACUGCACCCCUUUGUUCUGACACUUGCAAUUUUUCUGCAGCCAAACUCAUUUUUAUUGUGCAGCAUCUUGCAUUGAAUGCGCACAUAGUGAGGAUCAGAACCAGUUGUGAGGCAGCACAGCAGCUUACCUUUUGUCAAGACAACUUCACCUUUUGUGAAGACAACUUUUGAACCCUGGCGAACCAGAAGAAGCUGUCAGUCCUUUAGUCAGCUUGACAAGUCAGGGGAAUAUGGCUGUUCAUACAAUCCUUUGGCUCUGUUAUUUUUGCCAGGCGUUUUCAGAGGCUGCUUUCCCUCAUGGGAGGCGGAGGGAGAAAUGGGACCCCAGGCUUCUUUCAAGGGCAAGGACCUUAUGGGAAAACACAAGAGCGAGUGUCUACCGGCCUAUAGUUGGUGGAGAGGACCCCAGAAGAAGCGGAAGAAAAAGAAAUCUAAGUCUGCUAGAGUUGAAUAUACCAGAUUAUUCAAUAUUUGUAGGAGAGCUAACUCCUGAAGUGGAUGAUUUCCAGCUGUAUGACUAUUUUCUGAAGAGGUACCCUUCAUGCAUUGACUGCAAAAUAGCCACAGAUCUUUUGGGAUACUCCAGAGGGUAUGCCUUUGUCAGAUUUGGUGAACAAGGUGAUCAGAUGAGAGCUCUGCAAGACUGCCAAAAUGCAGCAGGUCUAGGGGGAAAACGAAUCCGACUGAGUAUAGGAAUUUCUAAAAGACUGAAAGCAGAAUUCCAGCGGUACCAGUCUUACAACUACAAUGAUUAUUACCAGGACUAUCAGAACUACUACUCACAAUGGGGUUAUGAUCCUUACCCUGACUACAACUACAGCUAUUCUUCCUAUGACAACAUGCAUCAUGUUGCAGACACUGCUAUGGGUGACCAAAUUAUGACUCCAGCUCAAUUUGAGGAGCCUGCAGCUGCAGCUGAAAUCAAUGAUGAUCUAAUAACUGAAGAUCCACAGCUUUUCCUGGAUGUUGAUGAAAUGAACAAACAAUUUAUGGAAAGAAGCGAAGAACUAUAUGAUGCACUCAUGAAUUGUCACUGGCAACCUCUGGAUGUCACCUGUGAAAUCCCUUUUGCUUUCUAAGGGUCUUUUAUAUAGCAUGAUCGUUAUGACCGAGGUGCUAAAACUACAUUUCUUCUACAUUUUACUUUAGAUCAUAAGUUUUUAAAGCACAAUGAUAGGUUGUUUUUUCUGUUUGUUUGUUUUUUUUUGCUAUGCUUUGGACAGCCUUUGUAACUUUUGUUCACCACCAUACUCUAUGACGCAUCUUGAAAUCAUGUAAAUAUUCUAGAAAUGUAAAGAGUUAAUUAGGGUCUAAAGGAUAGACUUGCUUGUGUAAAUAAAAUCUUGUUUCUGCAAACCUGCCAGUACAGUUGCACUCAUUCACUUGUGUGGAGUACCUGCUGUCUUCUGGCUUUACAAAAUCAAGUGGUAGUUUUAAUUCCAUAAUAAUCUGCCUUCUGUUCUGGGGUAGAUUCUUGUAUUGAAUGACUGGAGCUUGUGGAUGCUAGGCUUCAUGUCAAGGAAAUAAAUGUGAAUAUAUUGUGCAAA